UAUAUUUUAAAAUGUUCACAUUUCGAACAAUUUAUAAAUACGCCACCUAAACAGUUGACACAGAAGCUCUAUUAAAGAAACUCUAGACAAAGUCUUUAGUCACCUUAACUAGGGACAAUUAUUAAUUGAACAUGGGUUUACUGAUCUAAAGAGAUAUAAUAUUUCUUCAUUAUACAGAAGAGGAGAUGAAACUUAGAAAAUUUAGAUACUAAUUAGGUAAGAUUUAAGGUAUAAAAUGUUAAUAGAAAAAAGAAACAAUUAUAUUGCAAAAUUACCAAAGGAAUUGCAUGAAUAUACUCAUUUUACUGGAGAUUAAAACGUUUUUGGAGACGAUGCUCCAACCCAUGUAAGAUUGGUUGGAGACGUCAGAACAGUAUUUUUGGAAAACAGUAAAUUCUUUAAGCAUUGCGGUAAAUAGACAAGCUGAUUCUUAGAUCCAAAUGAAAAGAAUAAUAAGCUGAUAUAAUACAAUUCUCUACAUACUGUUUACUUAUUAGUAAAAUAAAAUGGAGUUUGGGGAUUUCCAAAUAUCAACAUUGAAGAAAAAGAAACUUUUUAAGAAACACAAACAAAAUUAUUCGAAAAAAUGACACAAAAUACUUGGCAAGUAUUAAUACCAUCUCAUUUAGGUAUAUUAUUUCAAUAGAGAUCCAAGAUUAGUGACUGUCAAUCAGAAUUCUGAUGAAAAUUCAAAAAUUAAAGGAGUCAAAACAAUCUAUUUUUAGGCAAAACAUUUGUAAGGAAAAGUCAAGAUAUUCGGGUACGAUGAUUGGGCCUGGGCUUCCAGAUUAGAAAUGAACAAAUACCUAACAGAAAAUGCUUAUAAUUAGGUUAUUCAUGCUUUAGAUUUGUGA